AUGGCCUCCGCGCUGGCCGGCGUCCUGCUGCUCUUGUGCCUGGGGUCCGUGGUCGGCAACGGCUUCAUCAUCGUCUCUCUGGCCACUGAGUGGCUGCUGCGGAGGAAGCUGUCCCCCUGUGACACGUUGCUGGCCAGCCUUGGGGCAUCACGCUUCUGCCUGCAGUGGGUGGUCAUCGGGAAGUGCGUUUAUCUCUUCCUCUGCCCCCAGGCUUUCCCCUACAACCCUGCAAUGCAGGUAUUCUCCUUCCUGUGGGACUUCCUGAACUCCGUCACCCUGUGGCUCUCCACCUGGCUCAGCAUCUUCUACUGCGUGAAAAUCACCACCUUUGCACACCCAGCCUUCCUGUGGCUCAAGGGGAAAGUGUCCAGGUGCGUGCCGUGGAUGCUGCUCAGCUCCCUGGGCCUCUCCUGUUUCAGCAGCAUCCUCUUCUUCAUCGGCAACCGGCGACUGUAUCAGAACUACCUACAGAGGGACCGGCCCCGGUGGAAUGAUACCUACAGUGAGCUGAGGAGGUUCUACGAGAACUUCUACUUCUUCCCGCUGAAGCUGGCUAUUUGGACCGUGCCCACGGCCACGUUCCUCCUGGGCAUGGCUCUGCUCAUCACGUCUCUCGGCAGACAUGCUCGGCAGGUCCUCCUGAUCAUCUCGGGGAGCCAGGACACCCGUGUCCAGGCUCACUUCAGGGCUCUGCUGACCCUCAUCUCUUUCACCAUCCUCUUUACCACCCACUUCCUGUCGCUGGUGCUGAGCUCCGCAGUUGUCUUCUCCUUUCAGGACCUGCGGUACGGGGUGUGGCAGGUGGUGCUCUACGUGUGCACCGUCCUGUACCCCGUCAUUCUGCUCUGGAGUAACCCCAGGCUCCGAGCCGGGCUGCCAGGCAGGUGCUGCCUACCAGGGGUGGCGGCAUCAUGA